UAUAAGGACCUAAAAAUAGUUGGGCCAUAUAAGCAUUUCACAUUACAUUCUUCUGCACUUUUUUCUUCCCCUUUCAUAAUAGUACCAAGCCAAAAGGUGCCUACAAAGAUGGAAGUUAAGAACAAGUAUGCAGCAAUAAAAGCCAACAUAAAUGGUGCACCAGAAGAGUCAGACUUUGAGAUAAAAGUCGAAAACCUCUCACUUAUAGUUGAGCCAGAGUCUAAGGUGGUGGUUGUCAAGAACCUGUUUGUAUCAAUUGAUCCCUAUCAGAUAAACUGGAUGAAGAGCCAAAGUUCAUCACAAACAUCGAUAAGAUAUGCAAAUGCCAUUACUCCUGGAGAGGUCAUUGACACUUAUGGUGUAGGAAGAAUGUUGGUUUCUCAUCGGCCCGACUUCAAGAAAGAUGAUUUGGAAGCAGGCUUUCUUACCUGGGGAGAGUACAGUAUAGUAAAGGAAGGUUCCCUGUUGAAUAAGUUGGAUCCUAGUCUGGCGUUUCCUUUGUCUUACCAUGUUGGAGUUUUGGGAUUCAGCGGACUUGCUGCCUAUGGUGGAUUCUUCAAAGUGUGCAAGCCGAAGCCAGGGGAGAAAGUUUUAGUGUUUGCUGCUUCUGGUUCAAUAGGACAUUUAGUAGGACAGUAUGCUAAAUUACUUGGAUGUUAUGUUGCUGGCUCUGCUGGUAGCCAAGAAAAGGUAAAUUUUCUUAAGGAGAAACUUGGAUUCGACGAUGCAUUCAAUUAUAAACUAGAAGCUAACCUCAAAUCAGCUCUCAAAAGGUGUUUCCCUAAAGGGAUUGACGUCUACGUUGACAACGUCGGAGGCAAGAUGCUAGAAACUGCAUUGUCAAACAUGAACUCACUGGGCAGAGUAGCCAUCUGUGGGGUUAUUUCUGAG